AUGGAGUCAGCUCCACGCCCAGUGCCUCACAGGCGCUCACCAUCAUUCGAGUCUCAGACACUGAGGUAUGAGGGAUGGAAUGCCUUCUUCCAGUUCUUGACUCCCAGCAACACGUUCAUAACCAAGGCUCCAUCCAUGUUCCUGGAGACAACCACCAACGCAUCGGACCCGCUCACAGUGUUCACCAUCGAGUAUAUCCCCAACACCGUCUACAUCGUCUUCAAAUCCUCCGAUGGGUGGUACAUCUCUCAGAAUGGCGAGAGUGGCCCGCAGUUCUGGUGGAGGGGGGAGCCUGGCGACUGGGAGCGGCUUGAUGUGAGGGAGAUCAUGUGGGUGCCGGCCAUUCGAGGGGCGAACCUGGGGUCGUGGCUCAUGACUGAACCGUGGAUGAACCGAGAGGUGUUCAAGUUUGCUGGCUACAGCGAUGGCACCCGGUUCACUCUUCGCUCGGUGAUAUCGGGCCAAUACGUCACAGCACCCGGUGGUGGUGGAACAAUAAUGUAUUGCAACGGCUCCCUCAACAAGGACGCGUAUCUGCACCUCACAACCGUUCGAAACGCCUCCUCCAACACUCGAAGAAUAGCCGUGCAGUGGUUGCAGUACUGGGCUGUGCGGGACAACUCACCCAACGUCUGGGUGCAAUCCACAGAGCCCGAGGGCGCUGCAAGCAACUUUGAGCUCUUCAUCUACGGAAUACCACUCAACGGCUCCACGGAGCAGAGGGACAGCAGUGUGCGUGUGGUGCUGCGCGCUCCCAACGGCCUCUUUGUCCAAGCCAACCCUGACGGCUCCCUCACAGCUGAUCUGAUUGACUCCAUUGAUAACGACGCCGUCUGGAGCAGCGCUGCUGCCUUCGACCUCACAGUGCUGUGGCGAGUUGAGGCGGAUUGGCAGGCGGCCUACACAGCCGGGGCAGCCGCACCCUCAAUCUACGAGAACAUUCGCCGAAACUUCAUCACGGAAGCAGACUGGCAGAAGAUGCAAGAGCUGGGCAUCAACACAGUGCGCAUCCCCCUGGGCUACUGGAUCGCCCUCGAUGCCUCCCCUGAGUUUCCUUUUGUGCCGGGAGCAGUGACGUAUCUAGACUGGGCGUUUGAGAUGGGGAGGAAGUAUGGAGUGAGGAUCUGGUUCAGUGUGCAUGUGGCGCCGGGGUCGCAGGCGGGCAAGGGGAAUGCACGAGACGGGCUGAUUCGCUGGCGAGGGGCGAAUAUCAACCGCACGCUCGACUUUGUGACUUGGCUUGCUGACAGUAUCACCUCUGUGUUUCCCUUGCCCUGCUUUUCCGAACCACCCGAACCUCGCAGGUACGGCGCCGACCCUAUGUGGCUCGGAAUGGGUCUACUGAACGAGCCGGUGGUGGGGGGAGCGAACGGGUACGCGGGGGUGGAUCUGGAGGACAUGCGGGGGUACUACUCCGCGGCCUUCAACACCAUCCGCGCGCGCUGCCUCUGCUGCUUUGUGGCCAUGGAGGGCCGCGUGGGCAGCAACUUUGGCGACGUGAUGUGGCACAUGAAUGACGCGUGGCACAAUAAUGUGAUCCUGGAGCAGCACAUCUACGACGUCUUUGGCAACUUCUUCAGCUCCCAAGGCGUCAACUUUGAACUUGAUUACGCCUACACCACCCGGGUCAACAACAUCGUCAGCUUUCAAGAGAAAGUGGGGCGGCAGCUGUUGGUGGGGGAGUUCUGCAAUGCGAUGGGCAACCCUGCAACACCGGAGCAGCAGGCUAACUUCUCCCUCGCCCAGAUGAAGGCCUUCAGCCAAGCCAAGGCCGGCUGGUUCUUCUGGUCCUGGAAACUCAACACCACUGGGACACACCACUGGCAGUUUGUCAACAGUUACGAACGAGGCUGGUUGCCCAAAAAACCUGAUGACCGAAAAGGCCGUGGUAUGCUGAGGCGGGAACGACCUUCAAAUCGCGAAUCAUCGACUACAUCAGCAACGAUGAACGUGGAGGCGAUCCUUCGUCGGCAUCCUUCCAAGAAGCUUCAACGUGUUUUGGAGGACCCUUCCACGUAUAGUUCCAUCAAGCUGUGUGCUGCAGUGGUGGCUCUUCAGAGAGUGAUCGAGUUCCAAGAGUUCAGAGCGGUUCUUUUGGCGCGCCUCAGAAGUCUGUGUGCUGCAGUGGUGGCUCUUCAGAGAGUGGCAGAGUUCCAAGAGUUCAGAGCGGUUCUUUUGGCGCGCCUCAGAAGUCUGUGUGCUGCAGCGGUGGCUCUUCAGAGAGUGGCAGAGUUCCAAGCUCGAGGCAUGAACAUAUCGUUGAACUCGCCUCUCUCCUUCCUCCCUCUGUACCCCGGAGACAAGGAGGAGAGCCAGGACCCCUCCAACUUGAACGGAGGGCAUAUUACCAUUGCCCAUGAGAUCAGAAAGAUGUUCCUGGUGUCUAGCAACACGGCAUACAACAGGCUCUAUGCGUUGAUAGGACAGAGGCGACUCAAUGAAGCCAUGCACUCCCUGGGUCUCCAAUCCGCCCACCUCUCCCACCGCCUCUCCCUCCCCCUCUCUCCUCUCGACAACCGGCGCUGCGAACCCAUGCAAGUGGGCUUGGAACGCCAAGCCAAUGCCUCCGGAUUCUGCUUUGCUCCCAAGUGCAGCAGCCAGGAGCUGCCCCCGAUACAAGGAGUGGAGGGGUUGCUGGUUGGGCGUGCUUAUAUCGAUGCCGAUGGCACCAAGGUGGCUACCUGGCUGUCAGCCGAUCCGAUUGGACGAGGGGCACAGGCUGCUGCUGCUGGAGGCCAUGAGGCAGUACCCGCAGUAGAGGCGACUACGACUUAUAGGCGUCUGAGGGAGCUUUACGUCUCCCUCUCCUCCCCUCCUCCCCUUAUGCCACUGUCUGUUACCCAGCUGCUAGGCUGCCAGCCGAUCGGAUUGGACGAGGGUCACAGGCUGCUGCUGCUGGAGGCUAUGAGGCAGUACCCUCGGGAGUCCCGCAACCCCAGAUAUGCUGAUAAGAAGUACACGGAUGAUUACUGCAAGUUUUUUUUGCCCGGAUUGUGCCGAGUGCGGCCAAAAGAAGCUCUGCGCAUUUACAACAAGAUCGGGCAGGCUUUUGGCUUCACUAUUGAAAACGA